AUAUAAUUAAAUAAAUAUGUGUAAAAUACGUGGAUUAACAGUUAACUUGUGUACACAGUAUAACUGUCACACCUGAGCGACGUCAAGGUGUGGCAAAAAUACACAAACACACACACACACACACACACACACACACACACACACACACACACACUCAUACACACACACAUCAGAGGCCCGCCCUCUACCGUUGGUAAUGGUAAAGUCUAAUAUCUGCUAUUCAUAGGGGGCAGUGAAACAUGCAAUUAUAAUUAAUAUUUUUGGAUUAAAAAAAAAUGUGUGUUGAUAAUUAAUUCGUCCCAUGUUUGUACAUUUUAUGUGUUAAACUUGCAGAGUCGUGUGCUGCCGCUGUGGACUGAUGCUUUUUGGGUUGCCUUGUUCUGUGCACUACCCCAACAACCCGUGCGGUGAUGGCGAGGAAACCCCGUUGACAAGGCACUGCUUUUUCAUGACGCCCAUCCUGUUACUGGAAACAAAGGGUGUUAAAUGACUGAAUCCAUGCUCCCUGCUGGAAAUCUGUGUCAUGGAUGAUGAGGACGAUCGCCGUCUUCUGGAUAUUUUAGGAGAUGUGGAUGCAUUGAAUGACUAUCUCCAUGGCAGCAACAGCAAGUCCAUUGAAGAGGAUGAUGUGACAAAUGCAGCUUAUGGUUCAGAUGGAUCCUUCUUCGCUAGUGACACAGCUGGCUCCAACACUGGCCUCAAGGAUGGCUCUUCUACAAUGGGUGAAUUUGGCGACGAUUCAGGCGGGGAAGGCCUCCAGCUCUCCAGCAGCCUUUCAUUUAUCGAGGAUGAAUUGGGGACCGGGACCUCGCCUGGAGGGGUGGGUCUUGGGGGAGAGGACCAGCCGUUUGACAUCCUCCAGAAGUCUCUCCUGGAGGCCGACAUCACGGAGCAGACGCUGGCCCAGGAGGCCUUACUAGACUCCCAGCCCGCUCCCACUCUUGUGCAGGCUCCUGUUCCCUUCCCCUCCCAGCUGGUCUCUGGGGGUUAUGGAGGUGGGGUGGGUGUGGUUACCACGGCGACAGCUGCGUUCCCCGCUGGCCAAUUCCUGCAAGGGGUGUCCCAGCUGCCCAAUGGCUCCGCCCAGCACAUACAGGUGUUGGGCUCUUUCGGGGCAGGCAGUGGGGUGAUGACUCUUAGCAGCCUGGAGAGAACUCCUCAGAUUGUGCUGAGGCCGGGGGCGCCUGUAGCUGCGGCGGGGGCCCCAACAGGGGGGCAGGUGUUUGCCCCUACCCAAGGGCAGGUAGGCCAAGUCGGCUUACCUUUCAAAAACAUCCCCCUUCAAAACAUAAUCAUCCAGAGAGGACCGGGAGGGACCCAGACUCUUGUCAGACCUAUCCAGCCUAAACCCCAUCAAGCUGGCGCACAGACUGUCUACAGCCUUGGUCUUCAGCCCGCUCCCACCACCAUGGCUAAUGUAGUUAACGCUAACACUGCUGCUUCUGGAGGACACUAUGCAGCCAAUGGCUCCAUUGUAGUGCAGCCGCCACUGGAACAGCAACAAGUGCAGGCCCAGACAAAUGUACCACCUGGACAGUUUUUGCUGCCCAGCUCUUUGGCGCUCACUCAGGCCAACACCAUCCACAAUGGCCCCACUGACCCCAACUCCAACGCUCUAAUUACCAGUCAGAACGCGGUGCAGAUUGUUGCGGGGCAAAACUUCACUGCACCACCAGGAGGGCAGCUAAUUUUGAAUCAGGGAGUGGUCAGUGGCAGUCAGGUUGGAGGGGGUGUAACUCAAACAUGGACAGGAGCUUCUUGCGCGGGCGCCACCUCUGUGCAAACAUCGUGUGCUCCUGGGCGGCUGACGCUGGUUGGCCCGGCAACAGCGGGGGUCGGCAGUCAAAGCCAAGUGUCAGCUAGCCCUGUGCAGCGCCUCCUAGUGACUCAAACUCAGAACUGCAAUUCUUUGUCCCCUUUACCUGGUACGGUGACACAGGAACAAGACUACAGACAGAACUCUUCAUCGCCUGCUCUCAAACAGGACAGACAGGUGCAGCUCAGCAGCAUCCAUGCCAUGAAAACCAUGACACAAGAUUCAACCCUAAACUCUCAGGUCAGUGCACAGAAGAGGCCUGCCCCGCCACCACUUACAAGAGGAGGAAUGAUUUUACAACAGUUGAGGAAGGAUCACGUUGGAGUUCAGACACCGGAUCGAUGUCGAUUCACGUCGAUCGAUGACGCGCUGCAAAGACUCCUCCCUUACCACGUGUUCCAGGGGGCUCCGCCCAGCCAGGACGAGUUCUCACAGGUGGAUGAGGAAUUUGAGUUAGUAGCGACUCAUGUGCUGAUGAGGACCCAGGCCAUGGUAAACAAGUACAGACGGCUACUGAUGGUGGAAGCUGAGCGUUCCAGUCCAUCGUCAGAAAUGGUGAUGAUUGACAGGACCUUCAACCAAGAGGAGCGCAGCAACCUGACACAAGACAAACGCAUGGUACUAGUGGAUCCAGACAGCUUCAUGGAGGACUUCUGUUGUGGGGUGAAAUCCAAACUUUUCAAAGAUCCCUUCCCUUCUCAGCCGCCCAGCUGUAGCUGGAAUCAGUCAGACAGAGGCUCUACGCAGCCACCAUACAGGACAGACUCCCAGCCCGGGUACGGAGACCCGGGAGGGGGUGGGGCCGCGGGAACAGGUGCGGCAGAUAGACUCCACCCUCCGCACGUAGAAAACAAGAGCGUCCUGGAACUGAAGAGAUCCCAGCAACGCUUCGGGCCCAGCAGCGCCAGCAACAACAGCCUCAUCGCUGCCAACAGUUAUCCCCAAGGUAACCACUCACCUUUCGCAGCAACGUCGGGAGGACAGACGCACUACCAGGCGUCUCACAACCUCUCCUCCCACCCCAUCCAGCCCCUCAAUUCCCCUCAGCUCACCUCACCCCCUCACACCGACACCGACUCUGCUCUAGAGGCGGCUGUCAACAGCAUCCUGGAAUGUUAAGACCGUCGACACGUCGCUGCACAUCAUCCCCAACGUAUGGUUCUUUUUUAUUUGUUGUAAGAUUGUUGUAUUCCUUCACAACCCUGUGUGGAGAGAGGUUAACUCUUCUUUCAGGCGUAUAUUCUUUGUGAUACCAUCUCCGACCUUGUAGCAUGUUUUUAAGUUUCUUAUGGUUUAAUUUUUUGAGGCAUGACGAAGGAGUCAGUGUGCGAGUUGAACACAGGCACUUAUAAUUCACCUAUAAAGAUCCGGGAAUGUGUGCAAUGCAAUGGACUAACAGAUGGAAAAUGUUUAUUUUAACGUUUUUUUUUGUUGUUUUUUUUUAAAAGGGGAAGGGUCUGCAAACAGCCCUGAAUGCAAGAGUUGCUCCUCUCUUCACACACACGCACACACAAACCAUUUCAAACUUUGUGCCAGUUGAUAACCCACCACUACCUAUGCUGAAGAACAGGGAUGAGGAGGGGAGACUAAAUGACGACUCUGUGCCUAAUUCUAGGUUUUUAUUUUUAAGUGUUUACAUGAAGAAGUUCUAUUCAAAAAAAAAAAAUAUACAUACAUUCACUCACUUUCUUCCUGCAUUACAAACACACACACACACUCACACGCUUUUCUACAAUGUGUUAUGGUAGGUUUACGGUUUCAGAGGUGUGUAUAUUUCCUUUAAGGCAAGCCCAGCAGAAACACAUAGACAAAUUGCACUAAACGUACUGUGGCUUAUUAUCAGGAACUAUAAAAAAAAAAAAAAAUGAGGCUUUCGUCGGAAACGCAGCGUACGCUCGGCUAAACAGAAUGUGAACAUUUGGAACAGAACCAAAACCUCUUCACCUGCUUUUCAGCCGCCAUGCAACAAGGAUAUCCUCGUAAUCACACUAGAAAGCAGUCAAACUAGUCACAUAGACAUAUAAAGUAGUGAUACUGUAUGCUGCAGUGCUUUUUUUUUUUUCUCUCUUGUGCUUAAGUCACAUUUUCUUUGGCAUUUUUUCUUUUGUACCUUAAAGGUAUGCAAGCCCCUACACACACACAAGACAAGACACAUCGACUUCAACCACUUUAUCAUUUCAUAGUGUGUUUGUGUUAGGGGGAGUCCUCAGAUUGAGGAAGAUAUGUUACAAUGUGUUUAUCUUUUUUUUUUCAAUUUCCUCAUUUUUUUUUUAUUUUUUUUUUUAGAAAUGACACUGUUUUGUUCAUUAUGGUGUGUUCCCCGGCUCUGUGAACAUGACUUGAUUUGUUUAAAUGACGCUGGAGGGUCAUUGAUUGUAUGUGUCUGUCUGCCUUUUUGCAUAUAAUUAUAUAUUGAUCAUAUCUGUCUAUCUAUGCUUUACUACCUUGACAUGUCUAUCUGUGUGUGUGUGUGUAUGUAUGUGUGUGUGUGUUAAUCUGAAUACAUACACACUGGUCUGGAUUUCAUGUAGUUUGGUUGUUUGAUUGCCAUUCUCAAGUAUUUUCUCAGUCUCCCAAGAUGUGUUUGUUUUUUUUCAUGUUGCAGUCUUUCCAUCGAAGCAUUUCUCACAUUUACGCUCUUUUCCUUCUCAGCAGCACAACCAAAAUAAAUAGGAGAGAGUGUGGUCUUGUCCAGAAUCAACCUCAGAUCCUUACUGUCCUCAAGUCAUGCCCCUAAUCUGACUUUAACUCCUAUUGUGUUCAGAGUUUUUAGUAUUUUAUGAGUUUUUAUUUCAUUUCUAGAGCCAAAACUUUUAUAACUACUCCUAAAUAUUUCCCCUGUAUUUUAUGUUUUUGGAUUGAUUUUUUUUUGGAACGACUCUUCAGAAAUCUGCACUAUGGCGUAUGCAAGAAAGCAUGAUUUCUGCCAAAACCACCACAGGACCAAAGCGUUGGUUAAAAAUGUGUUAAACGGCUCUCGGGGUUGAUUCUGGAUAGUGCAAACAUUUCUCCUACAAAUGUAUCUGUGAAAUAUGCCUGCCAAUAGGCUACAAGAGCAGACUGAAGGCCUUUUUAUAUGGAGUGAUAGAGAAUUCAUCUGUCUUUUUUUUUUUUUUUUUUCUUUUGUGUUAGAGUGCCAGUGGCCAUUGCAGCCUACCUGUAUCUCUGCCUCAGCCUCAGUAGACUUCUUCUAUCUACCAGUGCACACUGAGAAAACUUUUCUCUGCUUUUGAAAGCAAUUUCAAAUGUCACGUUAAGGGUCAAGUGUGAUUUGUUGCCCCUUUCAAGUGGUUGCUGCAAGAUUUAGUGCCUCUAUAGCACUUAUACCUGCAAGAAAAAAAAUAGUUUUAGAGUCCAGUGUAGGCAAAACUUUGUGUUAUCUGGAUGCAUAUCAGUGUCUGAGGGCCUGGUAGUAACAUACUGUGCUUUUUCUCACCUGUUUUCAGUGCAGAGAUUUUUUUCUGCCUCCAUUUUCACUGUUGUUUUGUCUCACUUGAUAUGUAUAGUUUGUUGUUUUGUAUAAAAAUGAA